AUGUUGCAGGCGAGGUGGGUGAUGACCUCACUCACCGCACCUGGAGGAGCUGAGCUGGACAGUGACAAAUUCCUGUUGUCCUUCCGCCUGCUGCUCGUGCUCUUUAGGCGGGAGCUACCGUUGCUGGACGUCAUCGUCAUGUGGGAGGUGCGUUCACUUGACACGUCAUUGGUUGGUGGUGGAUUAGAUGGUAUGUUGCAGGCGAGGUGGGUGAUGACCUCACUCACCGCACCUGGAGGAGCUGAGCUGGACAGUGACAAAUUCCUGUUGUCCUUCCGCCUGCUGCUCGUGCUCUUUAGGCGGGAGCUACCGUUGCUGGACGUCAUCGUCAUGUGGGAGGUGCGUUCACUUGACACGUCAUUGGUUGGUGGUGGAUUAGAUGGUAUGUUGCAGGCGAGGUGGGUGAUGACCUCACUCACCGCACCUGGAGGAGCUGAGCUGGACAGUGACAAAUUCCUGUUGUCCUUCCGCCUGCUGCUCGUGCUCUUUAGGCGGGAGCUACCGUUGCUGGACGUCAUCGUCAUGUGGGAGGUGCGUUCACUUGACACGUCAUUGGUUGGUGGUGGAUUAGAUGGUAUGUUGCAGGCGAGGUGGGUGAUGACCUCACUCACCGCACCUGGAGGAGCUGAGCUGGACAGUGACAAAUUCCUGUUGUCCUUCCGCCUGCUGCUCGUGCUCUUUAGGCGGGAGCUACCGUUGCUGGACGUCAUCGUCAUGUGGGAGGUGCGUUCACUUGACACGUCAUUGGUUGGUGGUGGAUUAGAUGGUAUGUUGCAGGCGAGGUGGGUGAUGACCUCACUCACCGCACCUGGAGGAGCUGAGCUGGACAGUGACAAAUUCCUGUUGUCCUUCCGCCUGCUGCUCGUGCUCUUUAGGCGGGAGCUACCGUUGCUGGACGUCAUCGUCAUGUGGGAGGUGCGUUCACUUGACACGUCAUUGGUUGGUGGUGGAUUAGAUGGUAUGUUGCAGGCGAGGUGGGUGAUGACCUCACUCACCGCACCUGGAGGAGCUGAGCUGGACAGUGACAAAUUCCUGUUGUCCUUCCGCCUGCUGCUCGUGCUCUUUAGGCGGGAGCUACCGUUGCUGGACGUCAUCGUCAUGUGGGAGGUGCGUUCACUUGACACGUCAUUGGUUGGUGGUGGAUUAGAUGGUAUGUUGCAGGCGAGGUGGGUGAUGACCUCACUCACCGCACCUGGAGGAGCUGAGCUGGACAGUGACAAAUUCCUGUUGUCCUUCCGCCUGCUGCUCGUGCUCUUUAGGCGGGAGCUACCGUUGCUGGACGUCAUCGUCAUGUGGGAGGUGCGUUCACUUGACACGUCAUUGGUUGGUGGUGGAUUAGAUGGUAUGUUGCAGGCGAGGUGGGUGAUGACCUCACUCACCGCACCUGGAGGAGCUGAGCUGGACAGUGACAAAUUCCUGUUGUCCUUCCGCCUGCUGCUCGUGCUCUUUAGGCGGGAGCUACCGUUGCUGGACGUCAUCGUCAUGUGGGAGGUGCGUUCACUUGACACGUCAUUGGUUGGUGGUGGAUUAGAUGGUAUGUUGCAGGCGAGGUGGGUGAUGACCUCACUCACCGCACCUGGAGGAGCUGAGCUGGACAGUGACAAAUUCCUGUUGUCCUUCCGCCUGCUGCUCGUGCUCUUUAGGCGGGAGCUGCCUCUGUUGGACGUGAUUGUCAUGUGGGAGGUGCGUUCACUUGACACGUCAUUGGUUGGUGGUGGAUUAGAUGGUAUGUUGCAGGCGAGGUGGGUGAUGACCUCACUCACCGCACCUGGAGGAGCUGAGCUGGACAGUGACAAAUUCCUGUUGUCCUUCCGCCUGCUGCUCGUGCUCUUUAGGCGGGAGCUACCGUUGCUGGACGUCAUCGUCAUGUGGGAGGUGCGUUCACUUGACACGUCAUUGGUUGGUGGUGGAUUAGAUGGUAUGUUGCAGGCGAGGUGGGUGAUGACCUCACUCACCGCACCUGGAGGAGCUGAGCUGGACAGUGACAAAUUCCUGUUGUCCUUCCGCCUGCUGCUCGUGCUCUUUAGGCGGGAGCUACCGUUGCUGGACGUCAUCGUCAUGUGGGAGGUGCGUUCACUUGACACGUCAUUGGUUGGUGGUGGAUUAGAUGGUAUGUUGCAGGCGAGGUGGGUGAUGACCUCACUCACCGCACCUGGAGGAGCUGAGCUGGACAGUGACAAAUUCCUGUUGUCCUUCCGCCUGCUGCUCGUGCUCUUUAGGCGGGAGCUACCGUUGCUGGACGUCAUCGUCAUGUGGGAGGUGCGUUCACUUGACACGUCAUUGGUUGGUGGUGGAUUAGAUGGUAUGUUGCAGGCGAGGUGGGUGAUGACCUCACUCACCGCACCUGGAGGAGCUGAGCUGGACAGUGACAAAUUCCUGUUGUCCUUCCGCCUGCUGCUCGUGCUCUUUAGGCGGGAGCUACCGUUGCUGGACGUCAUCGUCAUGUGGGAGGUGCGUUCACUUGACACGUCAUUGGUUGGUGGUGGAUUAGAUGGUAUGUUGCAGGCGAGGUGGGUGAUGACCUCACUCACCGCACCUGGAGGAGCUGAGCUGGACAGUGACAAAUUCCUGUUGUCCUUCCGCCUGCUGCUCGUGCUCUUUAGGCGGGAGCUACCGUUGCUGGACGUCAUCGUCAUGUGGGAGGUGCGUUCACUUGACACGUCAUUGGUUGGUGGUGGAUUAGAUGGUAUGUUGCAGGCGAGGUGGGUGAUGACCUCACUCACCGCACCUGGAGGAGCUGAGCUGGACAGUGACAAAUUCCUGUUGUCCUUCCGCCUGCUGCUCGUGCUCUUUAGGCGGGAGCUGCCGCUGUUGGACGUCAUCGUCAUGUGGGAGGUGCGUUCACUUGACACGUCAUUGGUUGGUGGUGGAUUAGAUGGUAUGUUGCAGGCGAGGUGGGUGAUGACCUCACUCACCGCACCUGGAGGAGCUGAGCUGGACAGUGACAAAUUCCUGUUGUCCUUCCGCCUGCUGCUCGUGCUCUUUAGGCGGGAGCUGCCUCUGUUGGACGUCAUCGUCAUGUGGGAGGUGCGUUCACUUGACACGUCAUUGGUUGGUGGUGGAUUAGAUGGUAUGUUGCAGGCGAGGUGGGUGAUGACCUCACUCACCGCACCUAGAGGAGCUGAGCUGGACAGUGACAAAUUCCUGUUGUCCUUCCGCCUGCUGCUCGUGCUCUUUAGGCGGGAGCUGCCUCUGUUGGACGUUAUUUUCAUGUGGGAGGUGCGUUCACUUGACACGUCAUUGGUUGGUGGUGGAUUAGAUGGUAUGUUGCAGGCGAGGUGGGUGAUGACCUCACUCACCGCACCUGGAGGAGCUGAGCUGGACAGUGACAAAUUCCUGUUGUCCUUCCGCCUGCUGCUCGUGCUCUUUAGGCGGGAGCUGCCUCUGUUGGACGUGAUUGUCAUGUGGGAGGUGCGUUCACUUGACACGUCAUUGGUUGGUGGUGGAUUAGAUGGUAUGUUGCAGGCGAGGUGGGUGAUGACCUCACUCACCGCACCUGGAGGAGCUGAGCUGGACAGUGACAAAUUCCUGUUGUCCUUCCGCCUGCUGCUCGUGCUCUUUAGGCGGGAGCUACCGUUGCUGGACGUCAUCGUCAUGUGGGAGGUGCGUUCACUUGACACGUCAUUGGUUGGUGGUGGAUUAGAUGGUAUGUUGCAGGCGAGGUGGGUGAUGACCUCACUCACCGCACCUGGAGGAGCUGAGCUGGACAGUGACAAAUUCCUGUUGUCCUUCCGCCUGCUGCUCGUGCUCUUUAGGCGGGAGCUACCGUUGCUGGACGUCAUCGUCAUGUGGGAGGUGCGUUCACUUGACACGUCAUUGGUUGGUGGUGGAUUAGAUGGUAUGUUGCAGGCGAGGUGGGUGAUGACCUCACUCACCGCACCUGGAGGAGCUGAGCUGGACAGUGACAAAUUCCUGUUGUCCUUCCGCCUGCUGCUCGUGCUCUUUAGGCGGGAGCUACCGUUGCUGGACGUCAUCGUCAUGUGGGAGGUGCGUUCACUUGACACGUCAUUGGUUGGUGGUGGAUUAGAUGGUAUGUUGCAGGCGAGGUGGGUGAUGACCUCACUCACCGCACCUGGAGGAGCUGAGCUGGACAGUGACAAAUUCCUGUUGUCCUUCCGCCUGCUGCUCGUGCUCUUUAGGCGGGAGCUACCGUUGCUGGACGUCAUCGUCAUGUGGGAGGUGCGUUCACUUGACACGUCAUUGGUUGGUGGUGGAUUAGAUGGUAUGUUGCAGGCGAGGUGGGUGAUGACCUCACUCACCGCACCUGGAGGAGCUGAGCUGGACAGUGACAAAUUCCUGUUGUCCUUCCGCCUGCUGCUCGUGCUCUUUAGGCGGGAGCUGCCUCUGUUGGACGUCAUCGUCAUGUGGGAGGUGCGUUCACUUGACACGUCAUUGGUUGGUGGUGGAUUAGAUGGUAUGUUGCAGGCGAGGUGGGUGAUGACCUCACUCACCGCACCUGGAGGAGCUGAGCUGGACAGUGACAAAUUCCUGUUGUCCUUCCGCCUGCUGCUCGUGCUCUUGAGGCGGGAGCUACCGUUGCUGGACGUCAUCGUCAUGUGGGAGGUGCGUUCACUUGACACGUCAUUGGUUGGUGGUGGAUUAGAUGGUAUGUUGCAGGCGAGGUGGGUGAUGACCUCACUCACCGCACCUGGAGGAGCUGAGCUGGACAGUGACAAAUUCCUGUUGUCCUUCCGCCUGCUGCUCGUGCUCUUUAGGCGGGAGCUGCCUCUGUUGGACGUUAUUGUCAUGUGGGAGGUGCGUUCACUUGACACGUCAUUGGUUGGUGGUGGAUUAGAUGGUAUGUUGCAGGCGAGGUGGGUGAUGACCUCACUCACCGCACCUGGAGGAGCUGAGCUGGACAGUGACAAAUUCCUGUUGUCCUUCCGCCUGCUGCUCGUGCUCUUUAGGCGGGAGCUGCCUCUGUUGGACGUCAUCGUCAUGUGGGAGGUGCGUUCACUUGACACGUCAUUGGUUGGUGGUGGAUUAGAUGGUACGUUGCAGGCGAGGUGGGUGAUGACCUCACUCACCGCACCUGGAGGAGCUGAGCUGGACAGUGACAAAUUCCUGUUGUCCUUCCGCCUGCUGCUCGUGCUCUUUAGGCGGGAGCUGCCUCUGUUGGACGUUAUUGUCAUGUGGGAGGUGCGUUCACUUGACACGUCAUUGGUUGGUGGUGGAUUAGAUGGUAUGUUGCAGGCGAGGUGGGUGAUGACCUCACUCACCGCACCUGGAGGAGCUGAGCUGGACAGUGACAAAUUCCUGUUGUCCUUCCGCCUGCUGCUCGUGCUCUUUAGGCGGGAGCUGCCUCUGUUGGACGUCAUCGUCAUGUGGGAGGUGCGUUCACUUGACACGUCAUUGGUUGGUGGUGGAUUAGAUGGUAUGUUGCAGGCGAGGUGGGUGAUGACCUCACUCACCGCACCUGGAGGAGCUGAGCUGGACAGUGACAAAUUCCUGUUGUCCUUCCGCCUGCUGCUCGUGCUCUUUAGGCGGGAGCUGCCUCUGUUGGACGUUAUUGUCAUGUGGGAGGUGCGUUCACUUGACACGUCAUUGGUUGGUGGUGGAUUAGAUGGUAUGUUGCAGGCGAGGUGGGUGAUGACCUCACUCACCGCACCUGGAGGAGCUGAGCUGGACAGUGACAAAUUCCUGUUGUCCUUCCGCCUGCUGCUCGUGCUCUUUAGGCGGGAGCUGCCUCUGUUGGACGUUAUUGUCAUGUGGGAGGUGCGUUCACUUGACACGUCAUUGGUUGGUGGUGGAUUAGAUGGUAUGUUGCAGGCGAGGUGGGUGAUGACCUCACUCACCGCACCUGGAGGAGCUGAGCUGGACAGUGACAAAUUCCUGUUGUCCUUCCGCCUGCUGCUCGUGCUCUUUAGGCGGGAGCUGCCUCUGUUGGACGUUAUUGUCAUGUGGGAGGUGCGUUCACUUGACACGUCAUUGGUUGGUGGUGGAUUAGAUGGUAUGUUGCAGGCGAGGUGGGUGAUGACCUCACUCACCGCACCUGGAGGAGCUGAGCUGGACAGUGACAAAUUCCUGUUGUCCUUCCGCCUGCUGCUCGUGCUCUUUAGGCGGGAGCUGCCUCUGUUGGACGUUAUUGUCAUGUGGGAGGUGCGUUCACUUGACACGUCAUUGGUUGGUGGUGGAUUAGAUGGUAUGUUGCAGGCGAGGUGGGUGAUGACCUCACUCACCGCACCUGGAGGAGCUGAGCUGGACAGUGACAAAUUCCUGUUGUCCUUCCGCCUGCUGCUCGUGCUCUUUAGGCGGGAGCUGCCUCUGUUGGACGUUAUUGUCAUGUGGGAGGUGCGUUCACUUGACACGUCAUUGGUUGGUGGUGGAUUAGAUGGUAUGUUGCAGGCGAGGUGGGUGAUGACCUCACUCACCGCACCUGGAGGAGCUGAGCUGGACAGUGACAAAUUCCUGUUGUCCUUCCGCCUGCUGCUCGUGCUCUUUAGGCGGGAGCUGCCUCUGUUGGACGUUAUUGUCAUGUGGGAGGUGCGUUCACUUGACACGUCAUUGGUUGGUGGUGGAUUAGAUGGUAUGUUGCAGGCGAGGUGGGUGAUGACCUCACUCACCGCACCUGGAGGAGCUGAGCUGGACAGUGACAAAUUCCUGUUGUCCUUCCGCCUGCUGCUCGUGCUCUUUAGGCGGGAGCUGCCUCUGUUGGACGUUAUUGUCAUGUGGGAGGUGCGUUCACUUGACACGUCAUUGGUUGGUGGUGGAUUAGAUGGUAUGUUGCAGGCGAGGUGGGUGAUGACCUCACUCACCGCACCUGGAGGAGCUGAGCUGGACAGUGACAAAUUCCUGUUGUCCUUCCGCCUGCUGCUCGUGCUCUUUAGGCGGGAGCUGCCUCUGUUGGACGUUAUUGUCAUGUGGGAGGUGCGUUCACUUGACACGUCAUUGGUUGGUGGUGGAUUAGAUGGUAUGUUGCAGGCGAGGUGGGUGAUGACCUCACUCACCGCACCUGGAGGAGCUGAGCUGGACAGUGACAAAUUCCUGUUGUCCUUCCGCCUGCUGCUCGUGCUCUUUAGGCGGGAGCUGCCUCUGUUGGACGUUAUUGUCAUGUGGGAGGUGCGUUCACUUGACACGUCAUUGGUUGGUGGUGGAUUAGAUGGUAUGUUGCAGGCGAGGUGGGUGAUGACCUCACUCACCGCACCUGGAGGAGCUGAGCUGGACAGUGACAAAUUCCUGUUGUCCUUCCGCCUGCUGCUCGUGCUCUUUAGGCGGGAGCUGCCUCUGUUGGACGUUAUUGUCAUGUGGGAGGUGCGUUCACUUGACACGUCAUUGGUUGGUGGUGGAUUAGAUGGUAUGUUGCAGGCGAGGUGGGUGAUGACCUCACUCACCGCACCUGGAGGAGCUGAGCUGGACAGUGACAAAUUCCUGUUGUCCUUCCGCCUGCUGCUCGUGCUCUUUAGGCGGGAGCUGCCUCUGUUGGACGUUAUUGUCAUGUGGGAGGUGCGUUCACUUGACACGUCAUUGGUUGGUGGUGGAUUAGAUGGUAUGUUGCAGGCGAGGUGGGUGAUGACCUCACUCACCGCACCUGGAGGAGCUGAGCUGGACAGUGACAAAUUCCUGUUGUCCUUCCGCCUGCUGCUCGUGCUCUUUAGGCGGGAGCUGCCUCUGUUGGACGUUAUUGUCAUGUGGGAGGUGCGUUCACUUGACACGUCAUUGGUUGGUGGUGGAUUAGAUGGUAUGUUGCAGGCGAGGUGGGUGAUGACCUCACUCACCGCACCUGGAGGAGCUGAGCUGGACAGUGACAAAUUCCUGUUGUCCUUCCGCCUGCUGCUCGUGCUCUUUAGGCGGGAGCUGCCUCUGUUGGACGUUAUUGUCAUGUGGGAGGUGCGUUCACUUGACACGUCAUUGGUUGGUGGUGGAUUAGAUGGUAUGUUGCAGGCGAGGUGGGUGAUGACCUCACUCACCGCACCUGGAGGAGCUGAGCUGGACAGUGACAAAUUCCUGUUGUCCUUCCGCCUGCUGCUCGUGCUCUUUAGGCGGGAGCUGCCUCUGUUGGACGUUAUUGUCAUGUGGGAGGUGCGUUCACUUGACACGUCAUUGGUUGGUGGUGGAUUAGAUGGUAUGUUGCAGGCGAGGUGGGUGAUGACCUCACUCACCGCACCUGGAGGAGCUGAGCUGGACAGUGACAAAUUCCUGUUGUCCUUCCGCCUGCUGCUCGUGCUCUUUAGGCGGGAGCUGCCUCUGUUGGACGUUAUUGUCAUGUGGGAGGUGCGUUCACUUGACACGUCAUUGGUUGGUGGUGGAUUAGAUGGUAUGUUGCAGGCGAGGUGGGUGAUGACCUCACUCACCGCACCUGGAGGAGCUGAGCUGGACAGUGACAAAUUCCUGUUGUCCUUCCGCCUGCUGCUCGUGCUCUUUAGGCGGGAGCUGCCUCUGUUGGACGUUAUUGUCAUGUGGGAGGUGCGUUCACUUGACACGUCAUUGGUUGGUGGUGGAUUAGAUGGUAUGUUGCAGGCGAGGUGGGUGAUGACCUCACUCACCGCACCUGGAGGAGCUGAGCUGGACAGUGACAAAUUCCUGUUGUCCUUCCGCCUGCUGCUCGUGCUCUUUAGGCGGGAGCUGCCUCUGUUGGACGUUAUUGUCAUGUGGGAGGUGCGUUCACUUGACACGUCAUUGGUUGGUGGUGGAUUAGAUGGUAUGUUGCAGGCGAGGUGGGUGAUGACCUCACUCACCGCACCUGGAGGAGCUGAGCUGGACAGUGACAAAUUCCUGUUGUCCUUCCGCCUGCUGCUCGUGCUCUUUAGGCGGGAGCUGCCUCUGUUGGACGUUAUUGUCAUGUGGGAGGUGCGUUCACUUGACACGUCAUUGGUUGGUGGUGGAUUAGAUGGUAUGUUGCAGGCGAGGUGGGUGAUGACCUCACUCACCGCACCUGGAGGAGCUGAGCUGGACAGUGACAAAUUCCUGUUGUCCUUCCGCCUGCUGCUCGUGCUCUUUAGGCGGGAGCUGCCUCUGUUGGACGUUAUUGUCAUGUGGGAGGUGCGUUCACUUGACACGUCAUUGGUUGGUGGUGGAUUAGAUGGUAUGUUGCAGGCGAGGUGGGUGAUGACCUCACUCACCGCACCUGGAGGAGCUGAGCUGGACAGUGACAAAUUCCUGUUGUCCUUCCGCCUGCUGCUCGUGCUCUUUAGGCGGGAGCUGCCUCUGUUGGACGUUAUUGUCAUGUGGGAGGUGCGUUCACUUGACACGUCAUUGGUUGGUGGUGGAUUAGAUGGUAUGUUGCAGGCGAGGUGGGUGAUGACCUCACUCACCGCACCUGGAGGAGCUGAGCUGGACAGUGACAAAUUCCUGUUGUCCUUCCGCCUGCUGCUCGUGCUCUUUAGGCGGGAGCUGCCUCUGUUGGACGUUAUUGUCAUGUGGGAGGUGCGUUCACUUGACACGUCAUUGGUUGGUGGUGGAUUAGAUGGUAUGUUGCAGGCGAGGUGGGUGAUGACCUCACUCACCGCACCUGGAGGAGCUGAGCUGGACAGUGACAAAUUCCUGUUGUCCUUCCGCCUGCUGCUCGUGCUCUUUAGGCGGGAGCUGCCUCUGUUGGACGUUAUUGUCAUGUGGGAGGUGCGUUCACUUGACACGUCAUUGGUUGGUGGUGGAUUAGAUGGUAUGUUGCAGGCGAGGUGGGUGAUGACCUCACUCACCGCACCUGGAGGAGCUGAGCUGGACAGUGACAAAUUCCUGUUGUCCUUCCGCCUGCUGCUCGUGCUCUUUAGGCGGGAGCUGCCUCUGUUGGACGUUAUUGUCAUGUGGGAGGUGCGUUCACUUGACACGUCAUUGGUUGGUGGUGGAUUAGAUGGUAUGUUGCAGGCGAGGUGGGUGAUGACCUCACUCACCGCACCUGGAGGAGCUGAGCUGGACAGUGACAAAUUCCUGUUGUCCUUCCGCCUGCUGCUCGUGCUCUUUAGGCGGGAGCUGCCUCUGUUGGACGUUAUUGUCAUGUGGGAGCUGGACAGUGACAAAUUCCUGUUGUCCUUCCGCCUGCUGCUCGUGCUCUUUAGGCGGGAGCUGCCUCUGUUGGACGUUAUUGUCAUGUGGGAGGUGCGUUCACUUGACACGUCAUUGGUUGGUGGUGGAUUAGAUGGUAUGUUGCAGGCGAGGUGGGUGAUGACCUCACUCACCGCACCUGGAGGAGCUGAGCUGGACAGUGACAAAUUCCUGUUGUCCUUCCGCCUGCUGCUCGUGCUCUUUAGGCGGGAGCUGCCUCUGUUGGACGUUAUUGUCAUGUGGGAGGUGCGUUCACUUGACACGUCAUUGGUUGGUGGUGGAUUAGAUGGUAUGUUGCAGGCGAGGUGGGUGAUGACCUCACUCACCGCACCUGGAGGAGCUGAGCUGGACAGUGACAAAUUCCUGUUGUCCUUCCGCCUGCUGCUCGUGCUCUUUAGGCGGGAGCUGCCUCUGUUGGACGUUAUUGUCAUGUGGGAGGUGCGUUCACUUGACACGUCAUUGGUUGGUGGUGGAUUAGAUGGUAUGUUGCAGGCGAGGUGGGUGAUGACCUCACUCACCGCACCUGGAGGAGCUGAGCUGGACAGUGACAAAUUCCUGUUGUCCUUCCGCCUGCUGCUCGUGCUCUUUAGGCGGGAGCUGCCUCUGUUGGACGUUAUUGUCAUGUGGGAGGUGCGUUCACUUGACACGUCAUUGGUUGGUGGUGGAUUAGAUGGUAUGUUGCAGGCGAGGUGGGUGAUGACCUCACUCACCGCACCUGGAGGAGCUGAGCUGGACAGUGACAAAUUCCUGUUGUCCUUCCGCCUGCUGCUCGUGCUCUUUAGGCGGGAGCUACCGUUGCUGGACGUCAUCGUCAUGUGGGAGGUGCGUUCACUUGACACGUCAUUGGUUGGUGGUGGAUUAGAUGGUAUGUUGCAGGCGAGGUGGGUGAUGACCUCACUCACCGCACCUGGAGGAGCUGAGCUGGACAGUGACAAAUUCCUGUUGUCCUUCCGCCUGCUGCUCGUGCUCUUUAGGCGGGAGCUACCGUUGCUGGACGUCAUCGUCAUGUGGGAGGUGCGUUCACUUGACACGUCAUUGGUUGGUGGUGGAUUAGAUGGUAUGUUGCAGGCGAGGUGGGUGAUGACCUCACUCACCGCACCUGGAGGAGCUGAGCUGGACAGUGACAAAUUCCUGUUGUCCUUCCGCCUGCUGCUCGUGCUCUUUAGGCGGGAGCUACCGUUGCUGGACGUCAUCGUCAUGUGGGAGGUGCGUUCACUUGACACGUCAUUGGUUGGUGGUGGAUUAGAUGGUAUGUUGCAGGCGAGGUGGGUGAUGACCUCACUCACCGCACCUGGAGGAGCUGAGCUGGACAGUGACAAAUUCCUGUUGUCCUUCCGCCUGCUGCUCGUGCUCUUUAGGCGGGAGCUACCGUUGCUGGACGUCAUCGUCAUGUGGGAGGUGCGUUCACUUGACACGUCAUUGGUUGGUGGUGGAUUAGAUGGUAUGUUGCAGGCGAGGUGGGUGAUGACCUCACUCACCGCACCUGGAGGAGCUGAGCUGGACAGUGACAAAUUCCUGUUGUCCUUCCGCCUGCUGCUCGUGCUCUUUAGGCGGGAGCUACCGUUGCUGGACGUCAUCGUCAUGUGGGAGGUGCGUUCACUUGACACGUCAUUGGUUGGUGGUGGAUUAGAUGGUAUGUUGCAGGCGAGGUGGGUGAUGACCUCACUCACCGCACCUGGAGGAGCUGAGCUGGACAGUGAAAAAUUCCUGUUGUCCUUCCGCCUGCUGCUCGUGCUCUUUAGGCGGGAGCUACCGUUGCUGGACGUCAUCGUCAUGUGGGAGGUGCGUUCACUUGACACGUCAUUGGUUGGUGGUGGAUUAGAUGGUAUGUUGCAGGCGAGGUGGGUGAUGACCUCACUCACCGCACCUGGAGGAGCUGAGCUGGACAGUGACAAAUUCCUGUUGUCCUUCCGCCUGCUGCUCGUGCUCUUUAGGCGGGAGCUGCCUCUGUUGGACGUUAUUGUCAUGUGGGAGGUGCGUUCACUUGACACGUCAUUGGUUGGUGGUGGAUUAGAUGGUAUGUUGCAGGCGAGGUGGGUGAUGACCUCACUCACCGCACCUGGAGGAGCUGAGCUGGACAGUGACAAAUUCCUGUUGUCCUUCCGCCUGCUGCUCGUGCUCUUUAGGCGGGAGCUGCCUCUGUUGGACGUUAUUGUCAUGUGGGAGCUGGACAGUGACAAAUUCCUGUUGUCCUUCCGCCUGCUGCUCGUGCUCUUUAGGCGGGAGCUGCCUCUGUUGGACGUUAUUGUCAUGUGGGAGGUGCGUUCACUUGACACGUCAUUGGUUGGUGGUGGAUUAGAUGGUAUGUUGCAGGCGAGGUGGGUGAUGACCUCACUCACCGCACCUGGAGGAGCUGAGCUGGACAGUGACAAAUUCCUGUUGUCCUUCCGCCUGCUGCUCGUGCUCUUUAGGCGGGAGCUGCCUCUGUUGGACGUUAUUGUCAUGUGGGAGGUGCGUUCACUUGACACGUCAUUGGUUGGUGGUGGAUUAGAUGGUAUGUUGCAGGCGAGGUGGGUGAUGACCUCACUCACCGCACCUGGAGGAGCUGAGCUGGACAGUGACAAAUUCCUGUUGUCCUUCCGCCUGCUGCUCGUGCUCUUUAGGCGGGAGCUGCCUCUGUUGGACGUUAUUGUCAUGUGGGAGGUGCGUUCACUUGACACGUCAUUGGUUGGUGGUGGAUUAGAUGGUAUGUUGCAGGCGAGGUGGGUGAUGACCUCACUCACCGCACCUGGAGGAGCUGAGCUGGACAGUGACAAAUUCCUGUUGUCCUUCCGCCUGCUGCUCGUGCUCUUUAGGCGGGAGCUGCCUCUGUUGGACGUUAUUGUCAUGUGGGAGGUGCGUUCACUUGACACGUCAUUGGUUGGUGGUGGAUUAGAUGGUAUGUUGCAGGCGAGGUGGGUGAUGACCUCACUCACCGCACCUGGAGGAGCUGAGCUGGACAGUGACAAAUUCCUGUUGUCCUUCCGCCUGCUGCUCGUGCUCUUUAGGCGGGAGCUACCGUUGCUGGACGUCAUCGUCAUGUGGGAGGUGCGUUCACUUGACACGUCAUUGGUUGGUGGUGGAUUAGAUGGUAUGUUGCAGGCGAGGUGGGUGAUGACCUCACUCACCGCACCUGGAGGAGCUGAGCUGGACAGUGACAAAUUCCUGUUGUCCUUCCGCCUGCUGCUCGUGCUCUUUAGGCGGGAGCUGCCUCUGUUGGACGUUAUUGUCAUGUGGGAGGUGCGUUCACUUGACACGUCAUUGGUUGGUGGUGGAUUAGAUGGUAUGUUGCAGGCGAGGUGGGUGAUGACCUCACUCACCGCACCUGGAGGAGCUGAGCUGGACAGUGACAAAUUCCUGUUGUCCUUCCGCCUGCUGCUCGUGCUCUUUAGGCGGGAGCUGCCUCUGUUGGACGUUAUUGUCAUGUGGGAGGUGCGUUCACUUGACACGUCAUUGGUUGGUGGUGGAUUAGAUGGUAUGUUGCAGGCGAGGUGGGUGAUGACCUCACUCACCGCACCUGGAGGAGCUGAGCUGGACAGUGACAAAUUCCUGUUGUCCUUCCGCCUGCUGCUCGUGCUCUUUAGGCGGGAGCUGCCUCUGUUGGACGUUAUUGUCAUGUGGGAGGUGCGUUCACUUGACACGUCAUUGGUUGGUGGUGGAUUAGAUGGUAUGUUGCAGGCGAGGUGGGUGAUGACCUCACUCACCGCACCUGGAGGAGCUGAGCUGGACAGUGACAAAUUCCUGUUGUCCUUCCGCCUGCUGCUCGUGCUGUUCGGUUGUUGA